GCGAGAUUUCAGUGAUAGCAAACGUGUGAUCUAGCUUGCUGUGUCAACCCUUAUAAUGCAUCUAUGUGUCAGCCACGGGAGUGACACUGGCCGUGGUGAUCCGCAUAUUGUACAGCUGCAAACGUUUCUCUGAUAUUCUACCAAUAACAGGAAAAUCAAGAGCUAGCCACCCUCAGAGAGACACUGCCUGUAGGAUUGAAACUUCCUCACUUCCCCUCGGACUGUCCACGGCUCUCGUCCUUAAAUCGGCCAGGUCUCAUCCAAUCACUCGGUGGACCAUCAGCCCCUCUGUCAGGACCGUGGCAGAGCCCGAGCCAUCAGGGACCAGAGCAUCAGGCAGCAAGGCUCCAUGAGCAUGACAGGGCAGCAGCAAACAGGAGGCCUGCAUUCUCGCCGGGGCCUUGUCCGGGAAAAAGACCCUGGGCAGGGAAUGGGCAUGGAGGCGGCCUGCUGGCUGGCCCCUGGAGUGCUGCGCAGGCUGAUCGAGCUACCUUCACCCCCUCUGUCUCGACACCAGCUCAAGAGACUGGAGGAGCACAGGUACAGCAGUGCUGGACGCUCUUUGCUUGAGCCUCUGAUGCAGCGUUACUGGGAAUGGUUGGUGGGACGAGUUCCUUCCUGGAUUGCACCCAACCUCAUCACCAUCAUCGGCCUGGUUACUAAUGUCUUCACCACGCUCAUCCUUGUCUACUACUGCCCAACCGCCACUGAGCAGGCUCCUCUCUGGGCGUACCUGUUGUGUGCAGUGGGUCUGUUUGUCUACCAGUCAUUGGACGCCAUCGACGGGAAGCAGGCAAGACGUACCAAUAGCAGCUCUCCACUGGGUGAACUGUUUGACCAUGGCUGUGACUCCCUCUCCACUGUGUUUGUGAUGUUGGGAACCACUAUAGCAGUCCAAAUGGGAACUCACCCAGACUGGAUGUUCUUUUGUUGCUUCGCCGGGAUGUUUAUGUUCUACUGUGCCCACUGGCAAACAUACGUGUCAGGAACGCUGCGGUUUGGCAUCAUUGAUGUGACUGAGGUGCAAAUCUUCAUAAUAAUCAUAUAUUUGCUGGCCGCCGUGGGAGGAUCUGCUUUAUGGCAGUCGCUGAUUCCGAUCCUAAAUAUCCAGAUGAAAAUGAUUCCUGGCAUCUGCACUUUAUUAGGAGCCAUUUUCUCCUGCACCAAUUAUUUCAGAGUUAUUUUUACAGGAGGUGUGGGCAAAAAUGGAUCCACAAUAGCAGGAACCAGCGUUCUCUCUCCAGUCUUACAUAUUGGUUCAGUUAUAAUUUUGGCGAUGAUGAUAUACAAGAAGUCUGCUGUCCAGCUCUUUGAGAAACAUCCGUGUCUUUAUAUCCUGGCAUUUGGCUUCGUCUCAGCGAAAAUCACCAAUAAAUUAGUUGUAACACACAUGACAAAAAGUGAGAUGUAUCUCCAUGAUUUAGCCUUCCUGGGACCAGGACUGCUGUUCCUGGAUCAGUAUUUCAAUAGUUUUAUUGAUGAGUACCUGGUACUGUGGCUUGCGUUGAUCAUUUCCUUGUUUGACUUGGUUCGUUACUGUGUCAGUGUUUGCAACCAGAUUGCCAGCCAUCUUCACAUUUCUGUUUUCAAAAUCAAGCCUUGUGCAGUGCUCAGUUCAGCUCCUCACUGAGGACACGCCAGCCGUUACUGACUCUGUCCCUUCCUGUUACUCGCACUCAUCUAUUCUUCCCUCUGUUUUCCACGUAGAGAUACAAGGGAUGACGUGGUGUAAACUUUGUGCUUCUGCCAACUGAAUGUGAGGACAAAUAUAUUAAGAUAGUGGAGUAUUCCUGUCACUUUUCACCAGUGCAGAAUUGAACUUGUAUCAGUUUCAUCUAACAAGAAUUCUCCUUCUGACAAACGUCUGGUUGCACAGAUAGUACAAGUAUUUCAUUUCAAACAGAUAUUUCAGGAGAGUCCAGGUGCUACUCGUUAUGUUCAAGGAGAGAAAGUUCAGUGUGUUUUAACUGUUUGUGUGAAAGAAAAUGUAGAGGAAAUGAAUCAGACGUUGCUUUUCAUGAUUAUGGUUUUUGUAAUUUUGCAUAAUGUUGCUUUUUGCUAUUUUACAUACCAGACUGUUAUAGUGUCUGUGCUUCUAAGUUAAAACUCCUGCUUUGACACAUUUUACAAAUCUUUCUUCAUGUGUAUGAUUUUUACUUAAUCUCCUGCACAUUGCUCAAAAUGUUGCAACUGUUUUACAUCAGCAUAAUGUCUUUUUGAAGGAAGCUUGGAGUCUAUUACGUUUUUCCAUACAUGUCAGUACAAACCUGCAAAAUAUUCACGGCCAGUGUUUUUCAUUUGUUUUCCAACUGAAAGCACCUGAUUAAAGGUCCACAUUAGAUUUUUGGACACUAUUGAAGCUCAGGGAGCGAUUUUGCUUUCUGUUGGCCGCGUUUCAGAUCACUCCGCCGGCCGUCACUCUGGUUUUUGUCUGUCCUCAUCCUUCGUCUUCACCUGGUAUUAUAUUUUACAUUUUCGUUAUUCUCAGGUUCCAUGAAUCAGUGAUCAGAUCC